GCGACGUAGACGAGCCCCGGCUGCGAGUACCCUGUCCGGUCGCGGGUUUGGGUUUGUGGCAGAUUUGCAAUCAAGAGGGGGCAUGCUUCUCGAAGGAAAGUCAAAGCGCAGCUGGAGAACAGUGCGGCCAGAUUUAUGUUUAACAGUUUUGUUCUGUUCUGUUCUAUUAGGGGUAUUGUGGGUUUUGUAGGAUCGGUCAUGGAUGGAUGCAUUGUCCCAUAGUUGCCCUGGGACCCAGUGCACGGCAGACAAUGGGCCUCGUUCGACUCCUCUUGGGCGUUAUGUACACAGAGUGUGCUAUGUACUCCGUAUGUGUUAUGGUUAUUAAAUAUUUGAAGGAAAUGGAGCCAGUCAGGCACGCACGCGGGCGCAGACUGGGCUUCUACUCGAUACGAAACGGCUAUGGGUCCGUAAUUGAUUUGAUUGUUCAUGGCCAGACAAUAAUGGUUGAGCGACCCAGUAAUCCCAGCGACCCAGCACGGUGUGUCGCCGCGAGGGCACACACAGGACAGUGCAUAAUGGUUAUUGGGCUGAUAGGAGGUGUGCACUGUGUGGUGAGAUUUUUGUUUUAUUAUUGCAGUGGAAGGACGGGAUAUGAUAGUCGUAGCUGGAGUUGGAGGGGGGAGAGCUCAGAGGAGAGAUACUGCAUAGACUGUAGAGAUAGAGAAGGGGACCCGAGUGUCUGGCUCGGAUCUACUCUAGGGGGGGGGGGACCGACGGCCAUGCCCAGGAAAGCGGCGUUGUUGGAGGAAGAGGAGGAAGAGGAUAAGGAGCGGGAGGACAGGAGAGGCACGACAGGAUAGGAUAGGCAGCAUGGGAGGCGGAGGAGAUGUUACAGACAAGGUUUAGAUGAAGGGAAGGAGAUGGACGAGAUGGACGAGAUGGAC